GUGUUCCGCACUAUUUCUCUCCGGCGGAGCGCUGUUCGUUCCUGCAGACUCCAGUACUGCCGUUCUUCUGGGAUCAAGGAUGCAAGUUGAACAAGAAGAAGCCCGGGUGUUGGGCCGAUGGCGUGCACGCGCAAUGCCGCUUCUGCGGAGAGGAGCCCUUCACAGGCAUCCCGUGCCCGGCCAGCGCCAUCGUACCACCCGCGGUAACUGUGUGCAAGUUUGACAACCCGCCAGUGACACCUUUCUUCUGGGACUCUUCAUGCUACAUGGGCAUGAAGGGUUGCCUUGCAGAUGGACAGCACAUUGGUUGCCGGUUCUGCGGAGCAGGCAACUACUCCGACAUCGAGUGUCCAGCUAGUGUCUGCAGCUUUGGAAACGAGCCGUGGACGCCAUACUACUGGGACGAUUUUUGCCAGUGGGGCAUGCUAG